AUGAACCCUCUGUGCGCCUAUCUCGGGUACCUUUUCGUCAACUACUGUCUCAAUGACAAGGUUCAAAACGAACCCAUCAAGCCCAUCAAGAACCAAACGUUCCAACUGGAGUACCAGUGGCACUACGUCAACUACACGUGGCCCACCUACGACGACUACAAAAAGGCGGUCAUCAAGCGGAAGUACGUCCCGGAAAAUGUCGCAAUCACCGGAAUCAAGUACCACAAAGGGGACCUUUACCUCGCGAUGCCCCAAAUCCGGAAGGGCGUUCCGGUAACCCUGGGUAAAAUCUCCACCGAAAGCGCCCCCAAAAGCAACCCUCUGGUGCACCCCUACCCCAGCUGGGAGCACCAGCCCCGGAGCAAAGACUGCACGACUUUACAAAGCGUCCAGAACAUGGAAAUCGACAAAAGCGGGGUCAUGUGGGUUCUGGACGGCUUCCGGAUCAACAACAACACCAGAUGCCCCCCAAAACUAGUCCUCUUCGACCUAAACAACGACGGAAAAGAGCUCCUCUCGUACAUUUUCCCCAAGGAUAUUUGCUCGAGUCAAGGGGGGCACCUGAAGGACAUUGUGAUCGAUAGCACAAACGACGGCUUCGCCUACAUCACGGACAACAGUUUCCUGGACCCGGGCCUGAUCGUCUACUCCAGGGGCCAAAACCGGGCCUGGAAACUGCGCGACCGCACGAUGUUCGACGAAGAGGACGCGUCCGGUUUUGUCGUGGGGAAUCUGACGUUCAAGGGGCUGGCGCCGCUGGACGGGAUUGCCCUCUCUCCCAUACACCCCAAGACCCGCAAUCGCCUCUUGUUCUACUCUCCUCUAGCCGGGAUGAACCUCUACGCCAUCAAGAGCAAAGUCUUGAAGAGCGAACGGUUGAUUAAUAGUGGCGAUUGGAGGAGGGCGAUCAAGGUUGUGGGGAAGAAACAAAGUCAGAGCGAUGGCUUGAUCAUGGACAACAAGGGGAAUCUCUACUAUACGCUGCCGCCCUUGUAUGGGGUUGGGAAGUGGAACAUGCACGAGGAGUUUUCCACGGCGAAAAUCAUGGCCGAGGAUAAGAAUAUGGUCUGGACGGGGAGUUUCGCCUUUGACGAGUUUGGGAAUUUGAGACUGUUGACCAACAAUAUAAAUAAGUAUAUGGACGCGGGUUUCCCGCUGAAAUUGAGCCAGGAAGUCAUGUUCAAAAUUUUCAAGUACUUCACGGGCACGAAGAGCUAUUUAGAAUCCUAA